UUCCGCCCUCCGAAUUGUACUUCACCUUAACCCUGACCAGCACUACUAUCACCCAGCCUUGAGUCGCGUUGGUUGACUUUAUCAUUUGGAUCUAAAUUCCGAGCAGCUUCCGAAAUACCGACCAAACAAAACCCCAGAACCUCAAUGCUUUCGCAAUAGUCCACCGUCGAUACCUUUUAACCACCCAAUGGCCCACCAGACGUUUGACCUCCCCGACUCGACCGACUGGCUGACCACGCCACUGUCCCUCCUCGCGCCGCUCGAGUCCGCCCUGCGAUGUCAAGUCUGCAAGGACUUCUUCGAGAACCCCGUCAUCACCUCGUGCAGCCACACAUUCUGCUCAUUGUGCAUCCGCCGCUGUCUCAGCACGGAGGGGAAAUGUCCCGCGUGUCGCAGCUCGGACCAGGAGCUGAAGCUGCGGCAGAAUUGGGCGGUGCAGGAGCUCGUUGAGACGUUUCAGAAUGCGAGACCGAGCGUCUUGCAGCUAGCCACCCAGGCGGCGGCGGCGGCGCAGCAAAAUAGUGAGGAGGGGGGUUUAGCGCGGGCAGCGAAGAAGCGGAAGGUAGAUGUGUCAGUGGAGGGGGUGCGGACGCGCUCGCAGGCGAGGGGGGGAGGUCCGACGCAGCAAGCUCCUGCAGAAGUGAUUGAGGUGAUUGACGAUAGUCAGGAUGAGGAGUUUGUUCCAGCAGAUGGACUUGUCGCGUGUCCUGUAUGUCAGCGGAGGAUGAAGAACGAAGCCGUGUUCUCACAUCUUGAUAAAUGCACCGGAGAACCUGCACCACCCAAAGCUUCCCCCAAGACUUCCUUCGGCUCUCUACAAAUGUCGAUGUCUGCGCCAGUUCCAUACAGGAAUCCCAAGAACAAACCACUUGAGAGACUUCCAACCAUUAAUUAUUCUCUAUAUAAGGAGAGUAUGCUUCGGAAAAAGCUCAAAGAUCUGGGCAUCCCCAAUACAGGCCCACGGCCACUGCUGCAAAGACGCCAUACCGAAUGGGUGAAUCUGUGGAACGCUAAUUGCGACUCCAAGUCGCCUAAGCCUCAUGGAAUCUUGUUGCGUGAACUCGACAUCUGGGAACGAACUCAAGGCAACCAAUCUUCUUCAUCGUCCGAGGCUCCUGGAUCAAUCAUGCGCAAGGAUUUCGAUAAAGCUGCUUGGUCAUCAAGCCAUGAAGACGACUUCAAGAAACUCAUUGCCAAUGCUCGGCAAAAGAGUCGCGCGGCGGCGCGUACGACAACACCACAAGAAUCCGCUGCGUCGAAGCUGACAGAUGCCUCGUUGCCAGCGGACACCACAGAUCCUCCCGACAGUGUGCCUGUAGAUGCCAGUAUGUCAGGUGCUGUAGCGCCCGAGACUCCACUGCCACCAGAGUCAUUCAAUGGCGGACUGACUGAAAUGCAUCACUAA